AUGAUCCUUAUCUUGGCCUCCAUCUUCCUGCUCCCGACUCUCGGAUUCGCGGGUGCUUCUUCUACAACUGGCUGGGUUUCCGAGCCUAACGGCCGAGGCACCUUCGGACUGAUCUGCUCUUGCGUUCUCACGCUUACAAUAUGUGUUUGGACGGCCCUCCAUCUCAACGUUCCCGCCGCACGCUCCACCGUCCGGGGCCGGGCACUAGAAGGGACGAAGUGGGUACUCUACGGCAUCUUCGCACCGGAGCUCGUCGUCGCGACGGCGGCCUCGCAAUACAUUGUCGCGCGAUGGCUGAAGAGGGAAAUCGAGAAGGAUGCUGCUCAUCGCCAGAGUUUAGUAGCGAAAGAAGAUGGGGCACAGGGAAGAGACGACCGGAGGUUUUCAAGGCAUACGUGGGAUAUGACACAGUGCUUUUACGCCGUCAUGGGAGGCUUUGUUGUCGACUUGUCCGCUGCUGAUGACGAAGAACAUGGAACCGAGAGGGUUACCGUCACACCGGAGGGUAUUCGACUACUUUCAUUCAUCGGCAAGCUGCCUAGUAUCCAUGAAUCGCAGAUCCAGGACAAAAGUAAAGCAGAUUGGAUGGCCAAGUCUAUCGUUUGCAUCCAGGCUGGAUGGAUGGUCGCCCAAGUUAUCGGCCGCCUCAUCAAAAGGCUUCCCGUAUCGCUGCUAGAGAUCAACACUUGCGGACACGUCGCAUGCGCCGUGCUUCUCUAUCUACUCUGGUGGAGUAAGCCCCUUGAUGUUCUGGAUCCAACCAUACUGGAGGAAGGCAAUAAGAACGUUUUGUCGCUCAUGGCAUUGUGUUCAUCCAUGAGCGCUACCAAUGGUGUAACCGACAUUCGAUGCUUCAUGUAUAUGCCGGAAGAAGGAGGGAGUCGAGAAGGGAGUCGAGACCAACGCGCUGCUAAGGUUCUCAUCACGACGCAUUUAUCCAUCGGGUCACCAGGCACUAGAGAGCCCUCCAGAUUUCUCGGUUUUGAUAUAUCACCGGCAGCCGUCAAAAUCCAGAGACAGAGGGUACCACGGAGCGCGUACAUGUAUCAUAUUGAUCAGUCCAAACCUACAGUUGCGCCUGAGUGCCUACAAACGUACUUCGCGCACCCAUACACCGGAAUUAAUCUACGCCACGGUACCAUCUACUGCCGACGACUUUUCGAUGAUGUCCAAAAGCAUCAGGAGUCCCAUAGACCCGUCAGUCCAAUUUAUCUGGCGCAGGCAGCAACAGCCGCAGACGCCAUUUGGGCCGAAUGUGUCAUCCGUCCAGCAUACGCCCCGUACUACUUCACCUCUGUUCCGACUGUGGGCGUCUUCCUCGGGGAGACGGACUACCUCAUGUCUCACAUCGUCAACUUCCCCUCCUUGUCCAAUCUCGGUCUCGGCCAGGUCAAUAUUCAUCGCGAUGUCCUGCGCUCGGUACUCGCUCUCACUGCGGCAGCGUACGGUGGGCUACAUCUGUCUGGCUGGUUCGAUCACUUCCCAACGCAGAUCGAACGGAAGCUGUGGCUUAUUGCGUCUCUGGUGAUUGCAUGCUCCGGGGUUGCACUGUGGAUCUUCUUCCUUGCGCGGCAAGUCUGGCCGUGGUUCGAUGUUUUCGUUUCUGGGGCAGCACCAGGGGCUCGACUGACCGGUGCAAAUUAUCAGAAGCCAUGGAUGAAGAGAGCGAAAUCAGUGGUCCUCGUUUCCAUUCUGGUUGUGUUUGUAGCAGCAAGGGUUUUCUUGGUUGUCGAGGCGUUUAUUAAUCUUCGAGAAGCUCCUUCGGCACUAUAUGAAACCCCAGAGUGGUCUGACUUUUUCCCGCAUUUUUAG